AUGGCGACAACUCUGAUUGAAGACGCCGCGACGGUGAAUGGGGAUGUCGCGUUGGCUGCUUCAAUUCGAAACGACUCUACGACUGAAAAUGAUGUCGAAGUUGCGCAGUCAAAGGAGAGUCCUGAUGUCGUGGACGAGUUGGACUGGGACAACAGCCCGCACAACCCCUUCAACUGGCCAGCUAGGAAGAAGGCAUUGCAAGUCGUGAUGCUAUCCUCCGCGGCAUUUCUAGCAUCAAUUGGUACCUCCAUAAUGAGCUCCGCCCGCGGCCAACUUAUGACCGAAUUCAAUGUCAGCAGCACAGUCGCCCUCCUCCCUCUGACAAUGUACGUCCUCGCCCUUGGCUUUGGCCCCGUCAUCGGCGGCCCUCUGUCAGAGACCAUCGGUCGGUAUACCAUCUACGCUGCGAGCGUACCCCUUGGCGCGUUCUUCACCAUCGGCGCGGGCUUCGUGCACAACAUGGGCGGGUUGUGUUUCCUGCGCUUCAUGGCUGGACUGUGCUGGGGACCCGUGCUAGCAGUUGCGCCGGGAACGUUGUCGGAGACGUUUACGCCCAAGAAUAGGGGGCCUGUGUCUGCCGUCUUUAUCCUGAUGCCGUUCCUGGGACCUGGAUUGGGACCAGUCAUCGGUUCCUUCGUCGUCAACCGCAAAGGCUGGCGCUGGACGCAAUGGACUCUCAUCUUCUUCGCUAUCUUCGCCAUGAUCGUCACAGCUUUCUCCGAAGAAACCUUCCAUCCAGCAAUCAAGCGCAAACUGGCCAAGAAGAUGGGCCUCAAAGUCGACCCCUCGCCGCCUCUAUCCGCUCGCCUCAAGGCAUUUGCCGUCGUGGCUCUCGUGCGACCGGUUCGAAUGCUCCUCUUCGAGCCCAUCACUGGGUUCAUCUGUCUUUACGUUUCGGCCGAGUUUGGAACGCUCUUUAGCUUCUUCGCGGCUGUGCCGUAUACCUUUGGGAGGGUUUAUCAGUUCUCGAUCGAGGAAUCGGGUUUGGUAUUUCUCUCCAUCGUCAUCGGAUGCAUCCUCGGUCUCAUUACGGUCAUCCUCUGCGACGUCUUCCUCUACCGCACAAAAGCCCACAAGUAUCCUCCACACCAGAUCCCGCCUGAGCACCGACUGUAUCCAGCGAUGAUCGGGAGUAUUGGGUUGCCGAUCGGCCUAUUCUGGUUUGCCUGGACAGCGCGGCCGGGAGUAUCGUGGGCCAGUCCAGCAGCAGCCAUGAUCGUAUUUGCCUGGGGAAAUCUAUGCGUGUUCGUCAGCACUAUCCAGUACACAACCGAUACAUAUCACGGAAGUGUGGUGGCUAGUGCAGCCAGCGCGAACAGUCUUGCGCGGUACGGCUUUGCUGGAGUGUUCCCACUGUUCACGAUCCAGAUGUACCAGAAGCUGGGAAUCGACUGGGCGAGCAGUCUUUUGGCGUUUAUCGCAUUGGCAUUGCUUCCUGUUCCUUGGGUGCUGUUCAAAUACGGCCCUCGCAUCAGAGCCAAGAGCGAGUACGAGACGGUUCAGUUCACCUAG